AGUGGUGAGCGGGCGGGCAGAUCCCGACUUCGCUGGCAGCGGCUGGCGAGGCGGUGUCGGCGAGCGCGAGGUCCGCGCGGUGCUAGUCCGGGCGAUCGCUUCUCUGCAACUGGGCGCGGACAGCGGCAGGGCGGCUCGCGGAGGACGGGGAGGGCGCCGUCCGGGUCGGAGGCUUCCUCUUUGGCCACCUCCUGCCUCGUCUGGGCUGGAGGCGCCUCCGGGGAAAGCCGCGGCCCCGAAGGCGGAUCCGAGGUAACUCUUCUUCCGUCAUUUCACAAUAACUCACCAGCUACAGCCCUUUGGACAGCCAAUUCUACAAGCAAAGUUCAUGUCUUUUUCAAGAACACAUGAUUGAAAGCCACGAUGAAUGGUCAUAUUUCUAAUCAUCCCAGUGGUUUUGGAAUGUAUGCAUCUCAAAUGAACGGCUACGGAUCACCACCCACCUUUUCCCAGAUGGACAGAGAACAAAGUUCAAAAACAAGUGCAAAGGCUCUUUAUGAACAAAGGAAGAAUUAUGCACGUGACAGUAUCAGCAGUGUAUCAGAUAUAUCCCAAUACCGUGUUGAACACUUGACUACCUUCGUUCUGGAUCGGAAAGAUGCUAUGAUAACUAUUGAUGAUGGAAUAAGGAAGCUGAAAUUGCUCGAUGCCAAGGGCAAAGUGUGGACUCAAGAUAUGAUUCUUCAAGUGGAUGACAGAGCUGUGAGCCUGAUUGAUUUAGAAUCAAAGAAUGAAUUGGAGAAUUUUCCUUUAAGCACAAUCCAGCACUGCCAAGCUGUGAUGCACUCCUGUAACUAUGACUCAAUUCUUGCUCUGGUGUGCAAAGAGCCAACUCAGAACAAGCCAGAUCUUCAUCUUUUCCAGUGUGAUGAGAUUAAGGCAAACCUAAUUACUGAAGAUAUUGAAAGUGCAAUCAGCGACAGCAAAGGAGGGAAGCAGAAGAGGCGGCCUGAUGCCCUGAGGAUGAUUUCCAAGGCAGACCCUGGUAUACCGCCUCCACCCAGAGCUCCUGCCCCUGUGCCCCCUGGGACUGUUACCCAGGUGGAUGUUAGAAGUCGGGUGGCAGCCUGGUCUGCCUGGGCAGCUGACCAAGGGGACUUUGAGAAGCUAAGGCAGUAUCAUGGGCAUGAAGAAACACCUGAGAUGAUGGCAGCCCGAAUUGACCGAGAUGUGCAAAUCUUAAACCAUAUUUUGGAUGACAUUGAAUUUUUUAUCACAAAACUCCAAAAAGCAGCUGAAGCAUUUUCUGAGCUUUCUAAAAGGAAGAAAACUAAGAAAGGUAAAAGGAAAGGACCAGGAGAGGGUGUUUUAACUCUGCGGGCAAAACCUCCACCUCCCGAUGAAUUUAUUGACUGUUUUCAAAAGUUUAAACAUGGAUUUAACCUUCUAGCCAAAUUGAAGUCCCAUAUUCAGAAUCCCAGUGCUGCAGAUUUGGUUCACUUUUUAUUUACUCCAUUACAUAUGGUGGUGCAGGCAACAGGAGGUCCUGAACUAGCCAGUUCAGUACUCAGCCCCCUAUUGACUAAAGAUACAAUUGAUUUCUUAAAUUAUACUGUCAAUACAGAUGAAAGACAGCUGUGGAUGUCAUUGGGAGAAACUUGGAUGAAAGCCAGAGCAGAGUGGCCAAAAGAGCAGUUUAUUGCACCGUAUGUCCCACGGUUCCGCAGUGGCUGGGAGCCCCCCAUGCUGAACUUCAUGGGCGCUCCAAUGGAACAAGACCUUUACCAGCUGGCUGGCACCGUGGCAAAUGUAGCAGAACAUCAACACAGACAUGAAGCAAAGAGAUACUCCUCAGAGCAGUCCAGUGUAUCAGAGUACCUUCCACCUCCACCUGAGGGGUAUGCAUUCAAUAGCAUUUACACAAGAGGGCCUCAUCUGGACCAAGGGGACGCUGCUGCUGCUUUUAAGCCAACGCCUAAUCGCCAUGUAGAUAGACAUUAUGAUCCACAAGUAACACAACCCAAGAAAUAUGCCAAAUCCAAGUAUGAGUUUGUGGCAAGGAACAACAGUGAGCUCUCAGUUCAAAAGGAUGCUAUUUUAGAGAUCCUGGAUGAUAGGAAGCAGUGGUGGAAAGUUCGAAAUGCAAGCGGAGAAUCUGGAUUUGUGCCAAAUAACAUUUUGGAUAUUGUGAGACCUACAGAAUCUGGAUUAGUGCGUGCUGAUCCGCCAUACACACACACCAUACAGCUGUUGAUGCCAAAGAAGGAGUUUGAGUUAUUCAAGAAGCAAAGGAUGGAGUAUGGUCCAAAACCCACUGACCCUCCCUCUGCUCCAUCACCUCCUCCAACACCAGCUCCUGUCCCUGUCCCCCUCCCGCCCACCACUCCAGCACCUGUUCCUGUGUCAAAGGCCCCUGCAAACGUCACCCGUCAGAACAGCAGCUCCAGUGAGAGUGGUGGCAGUUUUAUGCGAGACAGCCAGAGGCACAAACAGCUGCCCGUGGACCGGAGAAAAUCGCAGAUGGAGGAGGUGCAGGACGAGCUCAUCCACAGGCUGACCAUUGGCCGGAGUGCGGCCCAGAAGAAGUUCCAUGUGCCACGGCAGAAUGUGCCAGUUGUCAACAUCACUUAUGACUCCACACCAGAGGACGUGAAGACGUGGUUACAGUCAAAGGGCUUCAACCCUGUGACUGUCAAUAGCCUUGGAGUAUUAAAUGGUGCACAACUUUUCUCUCUCAAUAAAGAUGAACUGAAGACAGUCUGCCCGGAAGGGGCCAGAGUCUUUAACCAAAUCACCGUACAGAAAGCCGCAUUAGAGGAUAGCAGCGGCAGUUCUGAAUUGCAAGAGAUCAUGCGAAGACGACAGGAAAAAAUCAGUGCUGCGGCUAGUGAUUCAGGAGUGGAAUCUUUUGAUGAAGGAAGCAGUCACUAAUUUCUUUGUUUGUUUUUAAACUCCAUUUACAUUUUUGGCAUUAUUCCAAUGUGCUUUGUUUUAAGAAGCCAUGAAGGGAAUGUCAGAGUUUUAUCUCCUGGUACACUUUAUUUAUCGCCAUAAAAAUAACAAUGCAAACAUAAGUAAGUAGAGGACUUGCUUCUGGCCCAUUAUUUUUAUUAAAACUGAAAAAAUUCUCAUUGAAUUUUUUGCCCUUGGGAAAUAUUUUCUUAACCAAGAUGAGGUGUUUUUUUUUAUUGGAUUAAUUAUUUCAUCCUCAUCUCAGUGUAUAGGCAGGCAUUUCUGACGGUGGUGAAUUUACGUAUUGCAGCAAAAGGAAGACAUCGCCCAUGAUUCAGAAUCUAACCAUUCCGGAUUUCCCUGUGACUAUGGUGUCUGUCAUUCAGGGCAGAGUUACUUUAGGCUAGCUUCUGCUUACUUGGGUCUCUUGUUUGACAUACGCAAUGAUAGAAUAUUUUGAUUUAUUUAAAGUUCUCUAUGCCAACACUUUUUAAAAGAUCAAAACAUUUAAUGAACUGUAAAAAUACAACAAGGCCUUGGACGUGCAAAUAUAAACCUAUGGAGCAUUCCCGAGACAUUCUCUUUUUGUCAUGGCUCUGUUGCUUACAAUUCCUUGUAUAGCUUGGAUAUUGAUUUAGCUUCUAUUCUGCUUAUUAUCUGUUCUGUGUUCUUAUAUAUGAGAAAGCACAAGUGGAAAAGAGGUCAUAUAUAUUCAAACUAUGUCCCCAGAAGUAGCCUGCAUUGGUGUGAGUUACAGUAUUUUGCUUAAUGAAGGUCUCAGUUCUGAAUAUUCAUGUUAGUUGUUAAAAGGAAAUUGGGGCCAUUUUAUGUGUUUAUCUGUGUCAAGUUUUUCUGGUUAUAAGAAACACUUAAUUUACACAUAUGUUAAUCCUGUGAAAGAUUCUAGAUAUAGAAAAGAAAGAUACUUAACCUUCAACAAAUGUUAUUUUUGGAAACACGAUUUUUGUCAUUAAAUGUUAUAUUAUUUCACAUAUAUAAAACAGAUGUUAUGUAAGAAUGUUGUAUAUUUUAACAUAAAUCCAUUUAGAGAGAUUAUCUAGAUUCAUUAAUUUUCAUAGUGCCUUUUUCACAUGCGUCAGCUGGAAAGUCUGCAAUAAACAGUAUUUGCUGUAUAUUAAUAAAUGGUUUCUGCAUCA